AUGAGGUCGGUGUUACGGCAAUCGAGCCCCUUUCAAUGGGGCCACACUCCCCGAACCAGGUCUUGUAUUUUAUUGCGACAGCGUCGUUUCUUUGCGGCCGUGGCGGACGCCGUCAAGCCUUACGAUGUAGUCGUCAUCGGCGGCGGUCAUGCAGGCACAGAGGCCAGUGCUGCCGCUGCAAGAUCAGGCGCUCGCACAGCGCUAGUUACUCCGUCUUUAUCCAAUCUGGGGGUCUGUUCCUGUAACCCUAGUUUCGGUGGCAUCGGCAAGGGCACUAUGAUCCGAGAGAUCGAUGCGUUAGACGGAGUCGCCGGUCGCAUAAUCGAUAAGGCGGGUAUCCAAUUUCGAAUGUUGAAUAUCAAGAAAGGUCCUGCGGUAUGGGGUCCGCGAGCGCAGAUUGACCGAGAUCUGUACAAGAAAUACAUGCGGGAAGAGAUGUUGUCAACACCAAACCUAAGCAUAUUAGAAGGCAAAGUCGCGGAUAUCAUUGUUUCAAGAGAGAAUAUCGAUGCGGGGGACAAGAUAUCGCAAGGACGUAUAACUGGCAUUCGACUUGAAGAUGGCCAAGUCAUUCCUGCAUCCCAUGUGGUUAUCACUACUGGGACGUUUCUUGGUGGAGAGAUACAUAUUGGACUGGAGGCCUAUCCUUCCGGACGGAUGGGCGAGGCUGCUACCUUUGGCCUAAGCCAGUCAUUACGGAGUGCCGGAUUCACAUUGGGACGACUGAAGACAGGAACUCCACCACGAUUGGAUCGUGACACCAUUGAUUUCAGCGUUUUGCAAGUGCAGCCGGGCGAUUCACCGCCAACGCCCUUUUCCUACCUGAAUAACACCGUUGAGAUCGGAGAUGCUGGCCAACUCAAUUGCUGGACCACCUACACGAAUGAAGCGUCCCAUGAGAUAAUCCGAGCUAAUCUGGACAAGUCGAUUCACAUUCGGGAAACUGUCAAGGGGCCUCGAUAUUGCCCGUCCCUGGAAUCUAAGAUCAUCAAGUUCAAGGAUAAACAAAGACAUAUGAUUUGGUUGGAGCCCGAAGGCCUUGAGCCCAACACAAUCAUCUAUCCCAAUGGCAUCAGCAUGACAGUUCCAGCUGAUGCACAGUACGCCAUGCUCAGGACCGUCAAGGGACUGGAGAAUGUCAAAAUGCUUCAACCUGGGUACGGUGUCGAGUACGAUUAUAUUGACCCGCGAAAUCUAUUCCCGACCCUCGAGACGAAGCUCAUAAAAGGGCUUUUCCUGGCCGGGCAAAUUAACGGCACAACAGGCUACGAGGAAGCCGCGGCUCAGGGGAUUGUCGCAGGUAUAAAUGCAGGAUUAUCCGCCCAAGGAAAAGGACCAUUCACUCUUUCCCGCGCCGAAGCAUUCAUCGGCAUCCUCAUCGACGACCUCAUCACAAAGGGCGUGAGCGAACCGUACAGGAUGUUCACAGCGCGAAGCGAAUACCGCAUGAGCUGUCGUUCCGACAAUGCGGAUCUGCGUCUAACAGAGAAAGGCCGCGAGGUCGGCGUCGUGAGUGAUAGGCGCUGGGCGCAUUUCACAAGCACUCGGGACCAAAUGGCAGAGUUGCAAAGCAAACUUGAAGAAGUCCAAUAUCCAAGCACAGAAUGGGUGAAAAUGGGAUUUCCUUCACGCAUCGACUCAAACCGCAGGAGCGCGUUCGACAUGCUACGGGUGACGGGCGUCGACAUGAAAAGCAUUGCUGACCGCGUCCAAUCUCUCCCAUCGAUCUCCAACUACUCAAGCAAGGUCCAGAACAGAGUACAAAUCGAAAGCCUUUAUGCCCCUUACAUCUCCUUCCAACAGAAAGCCGCCGAAUCGUUUGCAAGAGACGAGUCCCUCGCCUUACCCGCGGAUCUGGACUAUGAUUCGGUGUUUGGGUUGAGCAUUGGAGAGAGAGAGGUGUUGAAGCUGGUGCGACCUGCCAGUGUGGGAAUGGCGAGAAGGGUGGAGGGUGUCACGCCACAUGGCGCGCUGAGGCUAUUGAAGUACGCGAAGAAGAACGGCCGCAGCAAGAUGCCAGAAGGAGAAUUGAUGCUUCAAGGCGAUAGUGCUCGGCUUGGAGGAGCUAUUGCUGUAUAA